AUGCCUCCAUCAAAGAAGAGAAAAACCAACACCGGUUCCGCUGCUGCGGAAGACGCCAAACAGACCGCGGAACCUAAAUCUGUCGCCCCAGAAGAAACCGAGAAGAUAGAGGCCACCGCCCCCACCGCAACAACAGAUGCCGUUCCUGCGCCUGCAGAACCGAUAGAGAAAUCCUCAUCAUCACAGCCCACAGCAGAAGACGCCGCAGCAAGGGCAAAGGAACGCAUGGCCCGCUUCAAGGCCCUCAAGGCCCGCGCCAAGACCUCAUCCGACCAAAACUUCAAAGAGGCGACACUCGAGUCGCAGCGCCUCGCGUCCGACCCGAGUCAGCUGACGGCCCUCCACCGUAAGCAGGCCAUUGCGUCGCAGAAGCUUCUCAAGGCCGACGUUGAGGACGCCGGCGGCGACUUUGAGCGCAAACGCGCGUGGGACUGGACGAUCGACGAGAGCGAGAAGUGGGACAAGCACGUCAGGAAGAAGGAGGCGCACCGCGACAACAAUGCCUUCCAGGACUACACCGCCGAGAGCAACAAGGUCUACAAGCGCCAGCUCAGGAAUAUCGCCCCCGAUAUGGACAAGUACGAAAAGGACAAGAUGGCCGCCAUCGAGCGCGCAGCCGCUUCGGGCGGCCUUGACAUCGUCGAGACGGAGGACGGAGAACUCAUUGCGGUGGACAAGGACGGCUCCUUCUAUUCGACGGCUGACUCCACCACGUUUGCCCAAAACAAGCCGGACAAGGCCGCCGUCGACCGGCUCGUGGAAGACCUGAGGAGGGCCGAGGAGAACAGGCUGAAGAAGAGGAAGGACCGCAUGGCGCAGAACGGCGACGACGGUGACGUCACGUACAUCAACGAGAAGAACAAGCAGUUCAACCAGAAGCUGGCGCGCUUCUACAACAAGUACACUGCAGAGAUUCGGGACAGUUUCGAGAGAGGAACCAUGAUUUAA